AUGGCGACCGCUUUUGACCCCGAAACCGCAGGGAACGCCGGAGAGAUUGAAAUGCAAUUUGCCGUCAAGACUGUCGAGCACCUCGAGGCUUACGAAAAGAUUCUCCAAACUCUUCCUCCCAAGCUGAUCAAAUUUACCCCGAUCGAUGAUGGAAUCUAUGAAAACUUGCUGGAAGUGUUUCCCGAAUUCAAGUUUGAGGAGAAUCUGAGAACACUGAACGAAGAUGAGAUGAAGUCUCGACAGGGGAAAGAGAGAUGGAGGAACUUCAUUAUGCCUUAUGAGAAGAAAGUGACCGACUACAACUUUGGUACCCUUGUCCGAGCUCGCUCAGAUGAGCUUUACACCGAAACCAACUCCAUUCUCGUCACCCGUGUCCAAUUCUUCGCUAUCGAGAUUGCCAGAAAUAGGGCCGGGCUCAACCAGAAGGUGUAUGACGAUGCGCAGGCGAAGAAGGCUCAAAGUGCUUGA